GUUCUGCCAGAAGAAACGGUUUUGAGUUUUGUUUGAUGGGAGAUUGUUUAAUUUGUUUUUGUGUUAAUUUAAGAAUUUCAAUCAUAUGGAUAAUUAUAUGAAUUUGUGUUAUAUGGUGUGGUGAACGUGUUAAUGAAGUUUUUGUGACUCUUUACUACCUAAGGUAAAAAUAAGCUUUAAAAAAUGCAAAGAACUAGGAUACCAUCUCCCGCGCGUUCUCAGGGUGCUACCGCCACUCCAAGACGCAAAAAGGCGCGGAGUAGCCGGAGUCUAUGCUCUCCAGCGCUGUCUACAGCUUCAGGAAGGCUGACGUCACUCAUAGACCAGUUCAAAGACAAGAACAUGGAGUCUUUUGCCCUGUCUCCGUUGAACGGCAGAUCUGUGCUCAAUGAUAAUACUGAUAUUGAUGAACCUAGGCGCAAAAGUUGGUGGAAGAAAUUAGAUGACAACUCUCGAGAUGUUCUGGAAGUAUUAGAAGAUAAUAGGUUGUCUGAUGCCAACAAUGUUGUUGAAGACUUAAUUGAUGUUGAUAUUUUGAGCCAAGAGAAAAAGAACUACACCCUUGAUUUACCAGAGAGCAGUGACAAUGAAUCAAUCCACAGCAUUGUACUCCCACAAAGGAGAUUAUUCACGCAAAAAGAAAACCUACCACAAAAGAAGUUUGUCCAACUUAUCGAUAACAGAGAAUCCUUGGCCAAACUACAUAAACCUAACACCACAACUACUGAAAAGACAGUUAAUGUUGGAACUCGAGAGUUAUUUCAAAAUAAGCUAUCCAAACCAAUAUUUGCAGCUGCUUUACUUAACAUAUCCCCAAAUAAAACAGCAGCGGACAAAACUAAAGAAAAUGUGCUAAUAGAACCUAGACCACCUGUCAGAAGUAUCUUUGGCAAUAGACCAGCAAAUAAAAGAAAGAAUAUGUUCGCUGAUUUUGUUGUGUCGGAAAGUGAGGAUGAGAUACCUGAAAUUCAACCCAAAGUAUUUGGUUUCCAAAAGAAACUUGAACAGAGAAGAAUAAGCUCUAAAGGUUCUCCAACCUCAAGUAUUACUACAGACAUGGAGAUGGAUGAUUGGAGAAUGUUGCCCUCAUCCACAAUGGUUGAAAAUCAAAUAGAGGACAUGAUGGGAGGUAACACACCUGUGAAACGAGCUAGACUUAGCAAACUAUCAGAAGCUAAGGAGUCUGAUGCAGGAACUAAUACUCUGCAAACAAAUACAACUGCGGAUAAAACGAAACAAUCCAAUAAAUCAGCUUCUUCUAGAAAUAAGUCUAAAGCUUCACCAGAAAUAAGAAAUGUGUCACUCAAUAAUUCUAGAACUACAAGAAGCAUGCUGAAGAAUGCCUCUAUCAUUGAGGAAAAUGCAAACAUAUCUUCAAAACAAAAGUCUAAAGCAAAUAAAUCUCAAACUAAAACAGCUAAAAGUGAUUCAAAUAAAAGCACCCUCAAAGUACAUAACAAACCUAGUACUGACGAUAUAGAAGAAAACGAGGUAGAUGAUGAAAAUAACCUCACAUUGCGAUACGAAAAUGAUGAAAAUGAAAUUAACGAAGAAGCAACCACCAUAACAAAAGACAACCGAGAAGUACAAAUGAACAAGUCAAAGAAUAACAAAUCUACUUUAUCAAACAAAUCAAUACAAAAGGCAACAAAGCCUGCUAAAAUAGUUGAAGAAUCUGUUGACUCUCAAAAUGAACUGUAUUCUGCAGAUGAUAAUGUUGACGGUAAUGUAGAACAGGACCCAACAUUCCGCGAUAAAACCGAGAAAUCUAAGGAAGAAAUUAGUCAAGAAAUAGAAGCUGACAUGGCUGAAGUUAGUAAAGAAAAUGUAGCUGACCAAAGUGAAGUUGACGAAGCUAAUGUUAGUCAAGAUAAUGAUGAUGAACAAAAUGUGAGUAUAGAGGCCAAUGAGAGUCAAGAAGUUGAGAAUGAGGAAAAUGAAAGAAGAAAGAUGACAGUGAAGAAAAGAAUAAUGCGAAGUCGAAAUCAGAUAAGAUCAAAAUCAUCAGAAAAUCAUCAGAAAGAGGAAAGUCGAGAAGUGGAGAAUGACGAAGAAAAAGAAAGUCAGGAAAUUGAAAAUGAUGAUGAACAAGAACAGAUUGAAAGUGAUGCAGAAGUUAACCAAAGUGAAGAAAUUGAUAAUGACGAGCAAAUGGACAACAGUGAUGAAGAUGAUAAGGCUAUCGCAAGUGAUCCAGAGAUAUCCGAACAGGAUGAUGACUUUGAUCAGGCUGAUGCAAUGGAAGUUGAUGAUGAUGAUCAACAAGAAUCUGAUCAUGAUCAAAGUCAUCAAGAAGAACGACAGAACGAAGUAGAACCAAGUACAGAAGAAAUCGCUGAAUCUCCUGACGUAACUCAUGACACUACUGGAAGACAUAGAAAGAAGCAUUUGAACAAAUCUCCAGAAGUGAUUCGACACGACAAAACUAACCAAAUGGAUUCCUUCACCGCCACGGGCCGUAAUACCAGUGUUAGAAAAACUAAGAGCAUGAUCAAAAAUCUACACAUCAGACCAAGUUUAGCGCCUCCGAGGAAUAGUACAGGAUUUUCUGACGGUACUACGAAUUCUAGCGCUGAAGGAUCCGGUUGGGACUCACAUAGGACUACCCGCAAAACACUCAGACAAACAUUUGGUAAAGAUUUUACACCUAGGAAAUCUUUGAGAGCUCUAGUUAUGGAGAAAUCAGCUAAAAGGCAAACGGAACAUUUAGAUAUGCAUUCGGAAACAGUGAAGUUCCCUCAAGCCAAUUCUACUGAGUUGCCGGAAAUUUCGAAUCGUGAUGAUGUUGAAGAUUUUGUGGAGUCCGACCAUGAAGUGUCGAUGCGAACGCGCCAGACCACGCUAGAAAUGUAUUUGGAGAAAAUUAAGCAACAAAAUAAUGAGAAGAAAGCUAAAAUGCAGGAAUUAGUGAGAAAUUCCCUCAACAAGGUUCCUGUGAGAGACCCACUAAACAUGUUCAAAGUGCCCAACAAGCCAGCUCCGCGUCGCCCCAAACCUUCACAAGCCAAGCCUAAGAAACAGUUCUCAUCUAUCAUAGCUUUCGACAAUUUGCCGCCCGAGCUGAAAGAAGAUCUGAAAUAUAAGCCCCCAAAGAGGUUCCAGCCUAGUAAUGCGUCGUGGAUUACGAAGAGACUGUAUAAAUUCUUGGAGACUAAGUUGGAGCCUAAAUACGACUACAAAGCGCGGGUUCGCUCAGAAAAGCUAGUGGAAACCAUCUACCACUUCACCAAGGACUUGCGCCGACACACGGUAGCUCCCACCGAUGCUGUCGAUGUGCUCAAACAAGAGCUCGCGCGGUUGGACGUCGUGAGCACACACUUCGAGUUCUACGAGUUCUUCCAUGACUUUAUGCCGAGGGAAGUUAGGAUUAAGGUUGUACCAGACAUAGUGAACAAAAUACCUCUUCCGCGGCACGGAGUGUUUUCUAAGAUCAUUCGUGGCAACACACCAUGAGGAUAACGAUAGUAUUUUUGUUUGAGUUAAUGUGUUUUAUUAAUCAUGACCUGUUAAUUUUAAUUAGAGUAUACUUUACA